AUGCAACAUUCUAAAUCAAGUCCUCAUGAUUUAAAAAGUUUUGAUACGUUUACGAAAAAUAUAUCAUCUGGAACGAAGGAUCCCCCAUUAAGGCAAGUUGAUCCCAUUGAUGAUCGUGCCACCAACACAGAAAAGUCGAACGAAACUCCAAAAAAGUGUGAUAUCAGAGCUGAUCAAUUAGAUCAUCCAGAAAGUUCAAUAAUAUCUGAAGCUCCUGGUUUAGUCCUCACUUUAGAUGAUGAUUUAAGAAACCAGGACCACAAACAGCAACAAACGAAAAAAAUUCGCUUCAAGAAAAUCAAAAGAGCUAAAAAAGACAAUGAAUCAAGUGAUGUUAGCAAUAAGAAAUCUCCUACCAAACGCAAAAGAAAGACUACAAAGAGUAAAUCGCCAAACAAAUCAAAACCCAUAAACGAAAACCAAAUGGCCAAUAGCUAA